GGAGGAGCGGGGGGUGGAGGAGACAGGCAGAAAGUGGGGGGUGUUCAUCGACACAACAGAAAUCACUUUUUUUGGGUGACAGAGGGGACCACGUUUGGCCCCGGGGAUCACCCUCCGUCCCUCGGUUGAGUUGAAUGUGUCAGACCGGCGACGGUCGCCGUCUACUGCCUGGAUUUUAUUUAUAACCGACAAGAAAAUUGGAUGGGACGCACACACGGGCAAGACAAUCCCGGAAAUAACAUGCGUACUCUCAGCCUGUCACGUACGCUCGCUGAGGAUUUGCAUUGCUGUAGGCUGCCGUAGAUAUCCUGCAAAAAAAUGUUUAUAAGACGGAUACAAACAAAUACACAGCUUGAGAGUGCUGUAUGAGAGUAUUUGGUAAAAAAUAAGAGCGAGUAAAAGAGGACUUGGACAUGAAACUUCUAGUGGCUGUGGCAAAGAUCCUCUGUAUGAGAGAAAGCAGCGGCUCAGCGAGAAAAUGAAGCGAGGACGUGAGCUACGUGCGCAUCCAGCAGAUGACGAGAUGAAAUGGAGAGCUUGGGACACACGGACCCUUUAAACCCAAGCUCUUCCCUCGGAUCCGUAGCUGUUUCAACCACGCAGCAGAGCGUCUUUGGAGCGGCAGAGAUUCAUCACACGUACCGAGCGGACAUGGGGCUUAACGGCGUAUGCGCGGCACCGGUCGGGAGUCCGACGGCCGCGGAGUUACUCGCGGGUCUGGCCUCUCAGACCGACUCCCCUGCAAUCACAACCCCGACGAAGCGGUCUAAAACCGGCGUGCCGCUCUACAACGGUGGGGUGGUGUCUCCAUCUGCCACCGUGGAGGGGAGCCACGCAGGCGUUUUGGCUCACACACCAAACGGUUACCCGGCACAGAUAAAGGGGGCGGCGGGGGUGACAGGCGACCCCAUGUACCCUCUCACUAGCAGAGCCUCUCUGAUGGAGAACGGGGACCGGGCAGCCCAUGAGAAGUGCCCUUCACUGAUGAGGAGAAUCAAUGGUGACCUGAAAGCCAGGCAGGUGCAACAGAAACGCAGAGGUGGGGAGAAUCGGGACAUGGGGUCAGGAGCUCCUUAUGGCCUCACAAUGGAGUCACCCGGGUCAGGAAGUUCUGUGGACUCGGCUUUUGCUUCUGGGGACUCGGACUGUAAGCGGAGACGGUUGGCAGAUGAAAGUGUUGCUCACAAAUCUUCAGAGGCCUCCAGAGUGGCCCGAGUGGUCGCCCCGCUCGCCAACUGCAGCAACAGUUCCCAUAGCAACCAAAUGACUGUCAAUCAUGUGCACUGUGUCACUCCCCAAUCUCCCUUCACCCCUCAUACUAACCAGCACACCGGACAUAAAGUGGCCUCCUCAGGACCGCCAGCUGCACCCAGCCAGACCUCCCCCGUCGAGGCUAAGCGCAUCCCGACUCCACCACCUCCAGCAAGGGCAGGCUGGUCGGCAGAGCACAUAGCCCAGCAGUACAUCAUCCCCUGCAUGAAAUAUUAUGGCAUCUGUCUGAAGGACAACUUCCUGGGCCCUGAGCUGGGCAGCAGGGUCCUGGAUGAGGUGGAGGUCCUAAACCGCAGCGGGAAAUUUCGGGGUGGGCAGCUGGUGAGCCAGAAGAACAUCCCCUCUCGGAGCAUCCGAGGUGACCAGAUAGCCUGGGUGGAGGGAGGACAGCCCGGGUGCGAGAGCAUCGGGGCACUGAUGGCUCACAUCGAUGAGGCCGUCAUGUACAGCGCUGCCAAUGGACAGCUGGGGGACUGCGUCAUCAAUGGACGCACCAAGGCGAUGGUUGCUUGUUACCCAGGGAACGGGGCGGGGUACGUCCGUCAUGUUGACAACCCUAAUGGUGACGGACGUUGCAUCACGUGUAUCUACUAUCUCAACAAGAACUGGGAUGUCAAGAAACAAGGAGGGAUGCUGCAGAUCUACCCUGAAGGCAAAAAUGUGGUAGCCAACAUCGAACCUCUGUUUGACCGGCUACUCAUCUUCUGGUCUGACCGCAGGAACCCACACGAAGUCAAGCCGGCCUUCGCCACUCGCUAUGCCAUCACAGUCUGGUACUUUGAUGCCAAAGAGAGAGCUGAAGCUAAAGAGAAAUACAGAUUGGCAACAGGACAGAAAGGUGUUCAAGUGCCUGUCACCCAAAACAGCAGGACAUAAAUCUCAUCCAAUUACUGGAGAGCACUCUGAAAGUAUUAUGUGCCUUCCUGGACUACUAAUGGACGUCACAAUGGAAAAAGGGAGACAUCGUUAAAACUGUCGCCAACGCAGCUCCAUGCCACUCUUACAGUGUCAGCUGUCACAUUCACAUCAAGGACUGUGAUGUAAUGUUUCGCUGCCACGUGACGAGGCUGCUGAUCAAAGACGUGGCAGAUACAGAGCACAACAGACUUGAUUGUGUGGCCAAGGUGAGAUCAGAGUUGCGCAGGAGUCGUGGCAAAAGGAGAAGAAAAGAUCUUCAAUAUCUUGCUGAAUCAAGUAUGAAGACAAGAAACUAAGAAAAAAAAACAAAUCUCCUUAAUUUUAUUUUGUUGCAGUUUUGCCUGUUUGGUUAGCAGUGAUGUUGUGAUGUAUUAAGAAAUUAUUGUUUUACUCUGA